UUUUUGACACCUGUCGGCUGUUUAAUUCUAAAACUGAGUGAAACAAAGGGAAGUAAUUCUGUUAGAUGAUAAUAUUGUUUUUAACACGCCUUCUAAAUAGAAAGGAUAGUAUUUGUCUGAAUUAAUGUAUUUUCGGUUUUUGAACAAAAAGGAUGAAGUUCGGACAUUAAACACAAACUUGUUAUGUUUGGCCUAAACCUUAAUCGUUUGCAUUUACGUCACUAAUCUUGAGAUUUUAAGUCGAUAAUGGCCAUUCGAUUUUUUAAACAAUAAAUAUCCAAGCGUGAUAAAUAUAUCUGACUAACUGAUAGCGGUCAAAUUUUUUUUCUCGGCGUACACUAAUAAGGAUAUGUGUAGUUAGGACAGCCCUUAUCAAACUUGGAUACUGGUUAUUGGAAAUCAAAGGCAGUUGUCAGUAAAUAUCCCGGACCUAGAUUUCUCGCGGACAGUGAAUAGCAGAUCUCUGAGACAGAGUGGUCAGUAUCCCCUUUGGCACUGGUCUGUUUCCCGGACAAAUCUGGUCACUUUAGGAUAAAAAGAUGGCGGCUAACCUCAAAAGACGACGGCAAUCAAGAGCCAAAAGGGAGGCGAAAACUAAGGAUUUAAACAAGGAUCCGGUGGAAAUGAUUCCGGAUCUAGAUAAAGAAAUAGAAGACACUUUUGUUCUAAUCGAUACUGAUGGCGAUGGACGGAUAUCAAAAGAAGAAAUGGUAAAAGCGGCAUCCCUUAUGGGUUUCAAUCCGACGUCGAAGGACGCGGAUACAAUGAUCAAAAUGGCCGACGCCGAUGGUGAUGGUUUCAUCAAUUGCAAAGAGUACUGCAGCAUGAUGUCACAAAAUUAUUCCUCAAAAGACCAGGAGAAGCAGGCCCUUCAGAAAGCGUUUGAAACCCUUGACAGAGAUGGCGACGGUUUCCUCACGACAGAAGAGCUGCGUGCAGCCCUGCAAUAUAACUCUGACAUCACAGAUGAUGAAAUUGAAAUCUUUUUCAUGGAAGCCGACACGGACGGUAACGGCAAGAUUGAUUACACAGAAUUCAUCGAUUCUACAUUGUGCGUAUCCUUGGUCUGAAGAAACUAUAUUUUACCUGUACUAUCAUUAUACUUCGUGCUACAAAUACAGCUAACAAACUGUUAAUGACAAAAAAAAUGUAAUUUGUGUACAACUACUGCCAUUAAAAUUAUAGAUUACCUUUCACGUUAA